AUGGAGAGUCACGGUCGUGGCGCGGUUGACGGAAGGCGGCUGCUGCUGCUAGCCGCGUCUACCUCCUUGACGUUUCUCGUCGUCACCGCGUCGAUCGCCAGGGAUCAGCCAAGCGCUGGCAGGCAGCUAGUGCAGCAGCGGAACCUGGUGGGCCGAGUGGAGGAAUUCGAAGGCGAACUGGGUUACCACGUGAAAGACAAAACCAGGUCCCAUCCUGAGCGCAUCAGAUUGGCCAACUACCCCCUGGGAUUUCCCCUGGACACGGCCUUACUGCCCAACAUAAUGAUGGGCUAUUAUGACCGCUUGAAAGGACCAAACCCCAAAGCCUUCGACCCGUUCAGGCACCUGGCCAGGCACCCCAGCGCCUCAGGUGGUUCUUCAGGUGGUUCCUCAGGUGCAGGCGACGCAAGCUCUCUCGUGAAGCUGGCCUGCCACGGGCCGCCGUGCCCCUCGUUCGGACCCUGCUCAGGUGAAUUUCCAAACAUCCAGGCGUGCUGGAACGAACACCUGGUGGAUGAAGAAGAGAAGGACAUAACCCCCCCAGUCAACUGCCCCCUUAAGAGCAGUGCAGAGGGAGAGGGAGCAGCAGCGGCAAGGGGAGGGAAGGCGAGGGGAGUGUUGGAUUAUAACGAGACAUGCUCGCAUAAGCAGGAUUUCUCCCCGCAUGACGCAUCGGCGCUGCAGCUGUUCCGGGUGGAAAGCGUGUUUGUGACGUUCGAUGGGCUUGUGGUGAACCGCUCGCACGCGUUUGUCAAGAACGGGUGCCGCCGCUGGUGGCGCAAGGCCAACUACGGCCCAGAGCACAGGGUGCAGCAUGUGGCAGGAGCGGCGUUCAACUGGGCGUCCGUGCCUGCAGCCAACUUCUAUCACUUCAUGAUCGAGCUCCUCCCGCUCUUCCUCGUCGCUCUGCCGCUCAUGCCCUCGCCUCUCCGGGACGUUCCAUGGCUCGUGCGCGAGGGCCAGUGGCCGCUGUACGAGCAGCUGGGGGCACCAAUCAUCGGCAUCGAGCCAAGCGCCAUCCGCUUGCUCCCCAUGGUUGAGAACGACCUCUUCUAUGCUGACGUGCUCUUCCAGCCCAUGUUCCAAGACUGCGACCACCCCAGUCGUCCCCUCUGGCGUCUACUGCGUCGCCACCACCUGCUGCACCCCACAGGCCUCCCCCUUUUCAACCCCGACUGGACCUACCGCGCCCAACCGCCCCUCACCGCACUCCAAGCUCAGGAACUCCCCAGCAACUGGGUGAUUCUGCUGGCCAGGCGCCCUGAGGGGAAGCGGCGCUUCCUAGUGAACUACAAGGAGGUGGAAGCGGAGGUUAUGCGGGUUUUUGGGCCCGAGAGAGUUGUUAUAUUCGAAGGCUCUCUGCCGAUUCUAGAAGCCCGUGCGCUCUUCAGACGCACGCGCCUAUUCAUAGCAAGCCAUGGGGCGUCCCUCACCAACAUGAUCUUCAUGCCAGAAGGAACAACAGUGCUGGAAAUCCGGCCGCACGAGUGUUUCGUGACGGUGUUCCACCUGCUUGCCAAUGCCUGCUCGCUCUCCUACCACGUUGUGUUCAGUAAAGGAAACUGGUCGUCGAAUUCCGUAGCUGAUGUGCCUGAAGUAACGCGCGCGCUAGAAGAUAUUCAGACGAUUUUCUUGGAAGAGGAUAGAGGACUUGGGUAA